UUUUCAAUAUUCUCAAUUAGCAUGAUUCGAACCUAGAAGAUCAACUCAUAAUCCUAAUAGUCCUUGCUUUGCUAACUUGCCACGCCUGCGGUGGUAACGGACAUAUAUUUGUUGUUUGCUUCAGCUCUUUUAUCUCUUUUCAACCCGCAAAAUACGGUAGGGGAAUUCCCAUAUGCCAUGAAACCCAAUUCUCUUUCCCCACUCUCUCGCAGGCACCCCAAUCCUCUCACGCGCCGCCGCGUCCCUCCAAUUCAUCAGCUGCCGCUCCCGCUUUUUCACGUUGUUUGCAAACCCCUGGAGCUAGGGUUUCUGGAAUAACACAAUUACUUGUUUUUUUUCCUAGUUUUUAUUGUAUUUCGGUAGAGGUUUUAUUAGGGUUUCGAAGAGGAAAUCGACGAAGAUGGGCAGUGUGGAUCGAGUUGAUGAUUUGACAUUUAAAGUUAAUUUUAGCGGAGAUGGAGCAGCCAAGUUGAAAGAUAUAGUCAAGGAAAAACUCAAGGAGUUUAUGGGCGAUUACACUGAUGAUACACUAGUGGAAUAUGUGAUUGUCUUAUUGAGAAACGGAAGACGUAAAGAUGAAGCAAUGAAUGAGUUGAAUGUUUUUCUUGGGGAUGACAGUGUUUCUUUUGUCACCUGGUUGUGGGAUCAUUUGGCUUCAAAUUUGGAUGUAUAUGUUCCCUCUCAGGAACCUCAUGUUGGAGGAGCCAGAACAACUGUAUUGGGGAAUCAGUCCAUUGGUGCUGGCUCUCACCAGUUGGAUAUUGAUUCCGAAAGAGCAAAGACUACUAAGGUUUCCAGGAACCGACACAACAGGGAGUGGAAGGGACUGGUUAGGGAUGCGGCUGAUCCACCUCCUCUUCGGAGCUCUGUGGUUGAGAAUAUUUGUUUUGAAGAAAAAUCCAGUCUUAAAGUAAGCUGUGGAAGAUCUACCUCUCCUUGUCCUACCCAGAAGAAAAGGAGUAGACCUGACGAGCGACAUCCAAUAAAGAGGGAAGCAGUUUCUCAGAUGAAGAUUGAUGCCCCUAGGCGGCUGCUUCAGUUUGCUGUGCGAGAUGCAGUUGGAACUUUGAGGGCACCUGUUUCAGCGAAGGAGCCAUCUUCCAAGCGCCUUAGAUCUGUUGUCUCAACUUCUUCUGGAGAUUUGCCAGUUCGCCCUCGGAGAAUUCAGUCUGUUGCAAGAGUGGCAAAUCCAAUGGCCGCAAUGAUCAAGGCUGUGGCAGAAGCUGCCAAAGAUGUGACAAAGGUGAAAAAUUCUGGAAGUGUUUUUGACAGGCUUGGUCCUGGAUCAGAUGUUUUGGAGACUCAUGACCUACAUCCAGAAUUCGGAGUGUCUCUUCCCGAUGAUGAAGAAUAUGGAAAUCUUGACCAACCUUUGGGGAGAACCCAUUCGGCAUAUGAUCGAAGAGACGAGUAUGGUGGUGGACAUGUUGAUAACAUAACUGCUUUAGAAAGUGAGACCGGGUUUGGUUCAGAGUCUCUGUCUGUAUCUCGUACUGGUACAUCAGGUGGAAACAAGGGUGAUAACUCACUUGUGGUGCAGUACAAUGUGGAUAAGGAUGAUGAAAUCUUGCAAACGAGGAACAAAGAUCAAAAUCAAUCUACUAUAGCAGCAAAUUCUCGUAAGAUAUUUAACAUUUCUGUCAAUGUAAAUACUUGGAAACCACCUCAUUAUCAAGAGACAAGGAAGGUUUCAGGAUUGGACAGUCAAAAAUCUCUUCCAGAGAGUGAAACAGCUGUUAGCAAAUCUAAUAUUAGAUUGAUGGAGAAUUGCGACCCAGUUACUGUCUCUAAUGGAAAUGUUAAAAGUGCUGCUUAUAACCAAGAAAUGUCUCAGAAAGCAGUGCAGCCUUCUUCCGUUUCACAUGCUGCUGGUCGUCCUUUAAAGGAUGCGGAUUCUCGAACCAUCUUUGUGGGCAAUGUGCAUUUUGCUGCGACCAAGGAUAGUCUUUCUCGACAUUUUAAUAAGUUUGGAGAAGUGCUAAAAGUUGUUAUAGUUAUGGAUGCUGCAACGAGACAGCCAAAAGGGUCAGCUUAUGUGGAGUUCAUGCGAAAGGAAGCAGCAGCCAAUGCUUUGUCUCUGGAUGGUACGUCGUUCAUGUCACGAAUUCUCAAGGUUGUGAAGAAAGCUUCUGCUCAAGAAGCUGCUGCUCCUGUCAUGACAUGGCCCCGCAUAGCUCGGGGUUCUCCAUUUUCUGCCGCAAGGUUUGCUAGAGCACCUUUCGCCAGAGGUAUACCAGGUGCAUUCAGUCCUCACCUUCCUAUAAAACCCGGUGCAAGAAGCUUUCAGUGGAAGCGUGAUGCUCAGGCCACUCCAUCCGAUGCGGGUAACUUUCCUUCGCCCACUGCCCGUAGUCUCACCUAUAUCCGAACGGAGCCCAAGUCAUAAGGGAAUGCCACUACCUCAGUUCAGUAAUCUCAAUUUCUCAACAUACCUCCUCCGAGGUUGCAUUGGUUUUCUAUUUUUGGCUUUUUUCUUUCCUAUUGAAAUGCUGUUAAUGGACUUAUUGCAUC